UCUAUGGUCGGCAAGAUGGCGGCGCGUGCGUGGCGGGGGCUGCGGCAGGCGGCCGUCACCCUCCUCGUCCUGGGCGCCCUGCCGCCGCCGCCGCCCCUGCCCCUCCGCGGGCCCGGCCCGGGCCCCGUCGCCGCCGCCGCCGCCUCCGCCGAGCGCUCCAGGUGGCGCGUCCCGGUGCCGCCGGCCAAGAAGUUUUUUAAUUUUGGAAAGAUCCUCUUCCGCAACAGCACGAUCUACCUGAAGUUUGAAGGAGAGACCUGCGACCCUUCGUGGAGUUUCAACGUCUCCUGGUACCUGCGGUACUCUGACUGCUACAAUGAAGUCUUCAAUUUUGGGGACGAACAGGCAGAAAACUACUUUCUGAACACGAAGGAGGAGCACCAGGGCUGGUCCGGCUCCUACGCCGCCGCCCCCCUCUUCUUCCCCAACUGCAGCGAGCUCUUCAAGCCCCAGGUUUUCAAGCAGGAGCUCGUCCACCCAGCGGCCCUGUCGGGAGAGAAAGCAGAGAGCCUGAAGGAGAAGGAAGAGGACGGGAUGAACCAGACGGCGGGAGGGGAGAAGCUGGGAAUGAACGCCGUGGUCCGGACGUGGAGAGACGGGCCGUACAUCUUCAUCGUGCAAGUCGGGAUCUCCCCCAAGGAGCCCGGCAGAGAUCCCGCGUUGACCUCCGAGGGGCCUAUCACCAUGACCGUGGAAGUGAAGGGUCCCUACGAGUACCUCUCCCUCGCGGACUACCCCCUCAUGAUCUUCUUCAUGGUGAUGUGCAUCGUGUACGUCCUGUUCGGGGUCCUGUGGCUGGCCUGGUCGGCCUGCUACUGGCGAGAUCUCCUGAGGAUCCAGUUCUGGAUCGGCGCCGUCAUCUUCCUGGGGAUGCUGGAGAAGGCCGUCUUCUACGCCGAGUUCCAGAACAUCCGCUACAAAGGAGAAUCGGUCCGGGGCGCCGUGAUCCUGGCCGAACUGCUGUCCGCCGUGAAGCGUUCGCUAGCCCGGACCCUGGUCAUCAUCGUCAGCCUGGGCUACGGGAUCGUCAAGCCGCGGCUGGGCGUGACGCUCCACAAGGUGGUGGUGGCGGGAGCCUUGUACCUGCUCUUCUCCGGCAUGGAGGGCGUCCUCCGCGUCACCGGGUCUUUCUAUGGGCCCCUGGUCCUGAUGGCCAACCUGGCCCUGUCUGCCAUCGACUCCUGCGUCAUUUUAUGGAUCUUCAUCAGCCUGACCCAGACGAUGAAGCUGCUGAAGCUGCGGAGGAACGUGGUGAAGCUGUCCCUCUACCGGCACUUCACCAACACCCUCAUCCUGGCCGUGGCCGCGUCGAUCGUGUUCAUCAUCUGGACCACCGUGAAGUUCCGGCUGGUGGACUGUCAGUCGGACUGGCAGGAGCUGUGGGUGGACGAUGCCAUCUGGAGAUUGCUGUUCUCCACGAUCCUCUUCGUCAUCAUGGUUCUGUGGAGGCCGUCGGCAAACAACCAAAGAUUUGCUUUCUCCCCACUGUCAGAAGAAGAGGAGGAAGAUGAACAGAAGGAGCCCAUGCUCAAAGAAAGCUUUGAAGGGAUGAAAAUGAGAAGCACGAAACAGGAGCCAAACGGAAAUAGCAAAGCCAACAAAGCUCAGGAAGACGACUUGAAGUGGGUGGAGGAGAACGUCCCCUCUUCGGUGACAGACGUGGCGCUCCCGGCCCUGCUGGACUCCGACGAGGAGCGGAUGAUCACCCACUUUGAGAGAUCCAAGAUGGAGUGACGGCGGGAGACUUCUCACAACCGAGUGCACUAGCGUCCGGCGGGGGAACGCGUCGGGGCGCGGCCGCCGCCCCCGACCCCGGGCGACGACGUGAGCCCCCAUCUCUUCCUUGGCCGUCAACGCCUUAGCGCCGGAGAGCGGUACCGGUCCCCUCCCGGCCCCGGGGGGGACCCGGCCCCAGGACGAUCCUCGAAUUUUCCCAAACGAUCCCCAUCUGCCCCUCCCCUCCCCCCCCCCCCCCGGCACCCUGGCUCCGAUGCCGGCCCGGUCUCCACGUGUAGUCCUCAAACCCCCUCGCGACGUUCUCAGCCACCUGAUCCGUCCCACUGAGAUAUUUAAUCCCCACCCCCGGCCGUUGGGUCGGCCACGGCCUCCAGGCGGGACCGGCGGGGGCGUGCGGAAGGUGGUCUGUGAUUUUAUUUUAUUUAUUUAUUAUUUUGGGAUAGGGAGGGUGUCGGGGAGGAAGGCGUUAAUGAUCUCUCCCGUCCUCGGGCGGGGGGAGGCUACGCAAUGUGUUUCGCUACUGUGAGGGGAAGGGGCCGUUCCGGCCCAGAAGCCCCCUUCUCCCCGCCCGACUCGGAAGGUACCCCCGGAAUUAAGGUACCGAAAGGAGAGGGAGUUGGGAAGAGGUGACUGUGAUUCAGAUUCUAAAAAAAAAAAAAAAAAAAAAAAGUGCAAUUUUGUUUACAAAAACGGUGUAUCUUACAGGGGGCUUCUAUUUCAGAUGCAAUUUAGAGAGGGGGGAAUGUCAGCUCAACCCUUCGGGGGCGGCGGGCCGGGCGGCGACUGGAGAUGGACCCCCCCCCCGCCUCGCCGAUCCCGGGGGUCGAGAGGGUGUCGGAGGGGAGUUUGGGGGUCGAGGCCCCCAGUCGGAGAGUCCAGGCCCGGUCUUCCGCCGGAGGGGCCGGCGGCUUCGGGGUAGGGCAGCAGACCCGCGGAGAAAACCGGGCCCUCCCGCUCCUUCCCGGCAUCCUCCCGGAGCGGUAGGGGCCGGGGGCCGGCGGCUCGUCGUCUCCUUUCCGAUUUGCUUCUCGAAGAUCGGAGGCAUCCCAGGGAAUUGCUGCCCAGCGGUGCCUUUAUUAUUUUUCUUUCUUCCUCCUUUCCCGUGUUUGUUUUCACUGCUUCUGCCCUCCCAGGUUGCGGUCUUCUGUUCCGAAUACGACGUUCUCGGCAUAUUUUUAAUGUAAAAAAAAAAAAAAAGGCUAACAGGUAAAUGGUGAUUUUUUUGUC